CUGGCUGCUCUUCAUGUCCACCUGACCUUCAUCAACUCUGGACUGAACCUCAUGGAGGAAGAACAACAGAAAAAGUCUUGGUUUUCUAAAUUUUUUGAAAGCAGUCUAGUCCAGUUAUACCAGAGUGCUGUGAAUACGGCCUUACAGAGUCCAAACGGACACCUGGACUUGUUCCUCCGCUUCCUCCUGGGCCUUUCACUGCAGACCAAUCAGAGUCUCUUACGAGGUCUGCUGACUCAGACAGCAAGUAGCCCACAGACCAAUCAGGAAACAGUCCAGUUCAUCAAGGAGAAGAUCAGUGAGGAUCUGUCUGCAGAGAAAAGCAUCAACCUGCUCCACUGUCUGAAUGAACUGAAUGAUGGUUCUCUAGUGGAGGAGAUCCAACAGUUCCUGAGUUCAGGACAUCUCUCCACAGAUAAACUGUCUCCUGCUCAGUGGUCUGCUCUGGUCUUCAUCUUACUGUCAUCAGAAGAUCUGGAAGAAUUUGACCUGCAGAAAUACUCUGCUUCAGAAGAGGCUCUUCUGAGGCUGCUGCCAGUGAUCAAAGCCUCCAACAACGCUCUACUGAAUGACUGUAAUCUGUCAGAGAGAAGCUGUGCAGCUCUGUCUUCAGUUCUCAGCUCUCAGUCCUCCAGACUCAGAGAUCUGGAUCUGAGUUUCAACUACCUGCAGGAUUCAGGAGUGAAGCUUCUGUCUGCUGGACUGGAGAGUCCACACUGUAAACUGGAGAGUUUAAGUUUCCAAUGUGAACCAGAGUCUGUGAGUCAGAAACUGGACUUUACUGGUUCAGCAGAUGUGAAGUGUUAG